UAAAAUAUUGCCGCAUCCAUCAAUUUCCAGAAUCUGCAAACUAGAUUUCUUACCUGCAAAAAUUUGUCUUUUUUUCGUGUUGGUUCGAAACUUGCUAUAUUUGCGCAAAGUCAAGGCUCGAGAUGGCUACCACAACGAAAAUAUUCUCUUUGGAGGGAAAAGGGUUGAAGCUGGAUUCCGCCGCGGAUGUCGAGCCGCAUAUCAAAUUGCUGAGGGAGAUGAAAGAUGUGGAGGAAGUGAGAUUUUUGGGAAAUACCUUGGGCGUUGAGACUUGUAAAGUGAUUGGAGAGGUUUUGGCUGAGAAGACAAGUUUGAAGGUAUGUCUUGGUCCUUCCCCGUCAACCUAUAUCUAAAUUUCUUCCAAGGGGUAUUAUAGAUGCCUGUACGGAUAGUCACUUAUAGUUUGCUAACCUGUGAAUCAAGGUUGCAAAUUUGGCGGAUAUAUUCACCGGUCGAUUGCUUAACGAAAUCCCACAAGCUCUUUCCUCCCUCCUUACCGCCUUACUCAAGCUCCCAAAUUUGCAUACAGUCAAUCUGAAUGAUAAUGCAUUUGGACUCAAUACUCAAGCCCCGCUCGUCGCAUUCCUUUCUUCGCAUACCCCACUUCAACACCUCAUCCUCAAUAACAAUGGACUGGGACCUCAUGCUGGUAUCUUGAUCGCAGACGCACUCAGCGCAUUACACGCAAAGAAAAUCGAAGCCCGUGCUGCAGGAAAACAAGUACCAGAUUUAGAAACUGUCAUUUGUGGGCGCAAUAGAUUGGAGAAUGGAAGUAUGACAGCUUGGGCGAAGGCAUACAGCUUGCAUACUGGUGUAAAGAAGGUCAAGAUGGUGCAGAAUGGUAUUCGACAGGAGGGUAUCAGUCACUUGUUGAGUGAAGGCUUGAAGUAUGCAAGGGACAUUGAAAUUCUCGAUUUACAGGACAAUACCUUUACAAUUACUGGUUCUAAGGCGUUGGCCAAAGUUGUGGGAGGAUGGACAAAUAUCCAGGAGUUGGGUGUUGGAGAUUCGUUGUUGGGUGGGAAGGGAAGUGUUAUUUUCGCAGAGGCGUUAAAGAAGGGCAAGAACGACAAGCUGGAAACUUUGAGGUUACAAUUUAAUGAUAUCGGAGUGAAGGGUCUAAAAAGCUUUACGGUUGCUGCCAGGGAGGCUCUACCAAAUUUAAAGAAGAUUGAAUUAAAUGGAAACAAAUUCGACGAGGAUCACGAUUGCAUUGUGGAGUUGAAGGAGUUGUUGGAGGAGAGAAAGGAGAAGUUCGCGGGUGAUAUAGUUCUCGAGGAUGAAUGGGGUCUCGAUGAAUUGGAAGAUUUAGAAGGAGAAAGUGAUGAAGAAAGCGAGGAAGAAGAGGAAGAAGAAGAACCUGAGAAGCAAAGAGAGAAAUUGAUUAACGAUGCAGAGGAGGCUCAAGAAGGAGAACCUGUUGCACAAAGAGAAGACAAGGAUGUCGACGAUCUUGCAAACGUUCUCGGCAAAAAUCUCCAAGUUUGAAAAUGGCAUUACGAUUACGAAUGAUGGAUUUUGAAUGAUAUUGGCGAAAAUGCAUUUUCAGGGGUUGGUAUGGCGAAGGAAUAGUUCGAUUCGGAGGGAUGGAAAAUUGUGAGGAAAGAAGAGAAGAGCAUUUGGGAGGAACUCUUUGUGCAUAUCCAUUCAUGCAGCUGAAGUUUAACUUUCGGUUUCUCGGUUUCACGCACAUAUGCAUAGCAUGGUUUGUUUGCUCUUUCCAAACGGGAGCCAGCGCCGAACGCAUUCCCGUAAAUAGAUAUUUUAGACAGACGAAGAAUCCCAUUUCUUUGCUACCAAAAUGGGCCAAUAUCAUUUCUUAUUGAUGAAUUGUCCUUCGGCAUCUGGCAUAAGAAGCAUCUUUACAGAUUUCGACCCUCCGAGAUUUGCCCAAUAAGAUACUUACCAAACC